AUGGCAUCCGCAUCUGCAACACCACCCAUUUCCUACACACGACUAAAGCAGAUCGCGAACGAUGCUUGCCAGAGUGCUUUGGGAAGCGCAGAUUUCUAUGAGCACUCCAAGACGGAGACGUGGAACACAACCAUUAUUAACUCCAUCUUGCGAUCCCUGAUCUCGGAAUCCUCCCCCCCUGGAGGUACUCCAUCGUUCAAAUACGCCGUGAACAGCACCAUCAUCCAACACCUCGUCCCAACCUCUUCCCUCAACAAAGCCAAGGCCAUGCAAGAAAGCACCGCACCCAAGCCAGAGGCCACCGAUGCUACGAUUUCAACGAGCGAUGCGAAGAACGGGGCUACAGGAACUGACGGGAAACCACAUGUUGGACGGAGAGGAAUGCAUAGUGCGACUGGAGCAUACUGGAACGAGAAGACCGACGGGAUGUGGAGCUUCAAAUACGAGGGAGGAGAGAACAAGGGGCUGGACGUUGUGAUCAGUGUGAUCUGGAUUUCGAUAUAG